AUGAACGAGGACAUGAUUCACGAUGCUCAAUCAGACUACUACGGCAAACGUUGCUUACACGCUGAGCCCGUGUGGCAGGUCGCAUGGGGACAUCCGAAAUAUGGACACCUCGCAUUUUGCUCGUACGACGGGAAGGUUCUCGUUUGGAAGGAGGCAAGCAUCGAAUCCGGGCGGUUGGACGAAGGCCCUGACAUCUUCAAUGGCCACGCGGUUCGCUGUAACGUCUCCUGGGCGGACGCAGCCCCGCUCGCUCAUUGGGACUCAUUCCCCGGGAACCGCUUCGCGAGCGCAGGUCGCGACACACUCGUCAAGAUCUGGGGCUACCGCACGGACACGCAGUCCUGGAUAGAUGAAUAG